UUAUCUGUAUUUAUCAUUAUCUGACUCAACUGACAGUUGGACAGUCCACAGACUUCACUAUAACCACUAUUGUAGAAUAAUAUAUUUAAUAUUAUAAUAUAAAGUUAGUGUCUCGGUGAAUCGCUAGUCGCUACCCACUACCCAGCACCCAGUUCCAGUACCUACUCGACAGUCGACACGACACUCCCUAGUCAGUACUCACUACUCAGUACUCACUGGUCAGUCUCAGACUUCAGUCGUAACCUCGUUGUUUCUAGGAUUUUGUUGUUCACAAACACCAAAAAUUUUAAACAAAAUGGCAUCAAAAAAUCAAUUCAUCACAUUUAAUAAUGGUCAGAAGUAUCCAAUUUUAGGAUUUGGCACUUGGAAGUCAAAGCCUGGUGAAGUUGUAGAAGCAGUCAAAGCUGCUAUAGAUAUAGGAUACAGGCAUAUUGAUUGUGCUAUGGUUUAUGAAAAUGAAAAUGAAGUAGGGACAGCUAUUAAACAAAAAAUUGAUGAAGGUGUUGUUAAACGUGAAGAUUUAUUCAUUACUAGUAAACUAUGGAAUACUUUUCAUCAACCUGAUUAUGUUGAAACAGUAAUAAAAAAAACAUUAUCUGAUUUGAAAAUUGAAUAUUUGGAUCUAUACUUAAUACACUGGCCUAUGGCUUUUAAGGAAGGCAAGUUGGAAGAUGAAUGGUUCCCAAAAGACGCUAAUGGAGUUACACUUGAAGGAAAUGGUUCUUAUGUUGAAACAUGGAAAGCAAUGGAAAAAUUGGUUCAAAAAGGUCUUGUCAAGUCAAUUGGUGUAUCAAACUUUAGUAAGAAACAAAUAGAGGAUAUCCUAAAUGUAGCUACCAUUAAGCCAGUUGUUAAUCAAAUUGAAUGUCAUCCUUACUUGAAUCAAAAGAAAUUAAAAGAAUUUUGUGAACAAAAAAAUAUAUUGAUAACUGCAUACAGUCCUUUGGGAUCUCCAGACAGGCCUUGGGCCAAGCCAGAAGAUCCGUCUUUAUUGGAUGACCCAAAAAUUAUAGCUAUUGCAAAAAAAUAUAAUAAAACUUCUGCUCAAAUUUUAAUUAAAUAUCAAUUACAAAGGGGCAACAUUGUCAUUCCAAAAUCUGUGACUAAGAGUCGUAUUGAAUCAAACUUUGAUGUAUGGGACUUUGCAUUGGAACAGGGUGAUAUAGAUGUAAUUGAUACUUUUGAUUGUAAUGGCCGAGUUCUUCAUCUAAAUUGGAAUAAUCAUUUCAAAGAUUAUCCAUUCCAUGAUGAAUAUUAAUGUUCUUAUGUUAAUUAAAAAUAUUUCUGCAAUACAACUAAUCAUUUUUAAUUUUGUUACUACAAAAUUUAAAUUUAUAGCUUGUUAAUAGAUUGUCAUAAUUUUCACAUAGUUUAAAAUAUUUUUGUAUUAUUAUUUAAACACAUAAUAAAAACAAUUGAUUUGCAAUAGUUA